AUGCCUGAAGUCCAACAUUUUGUGAAUCCGUAUAUAAUCUUCAUAAUUCUUCAGUCGCUAUGUAUUGUGCCAGGAAUGUCUAUUGUUGUCAACUGCCCUGAUGAAUGUAAUUGCAAGUGGAAAAAUGGCAAACAAACCGUUGAGUGCGUUGGAGUAAAUUUAGUUGGUAUACCCGAUAAUUUACACGGUGGAACUCAAGUUCUUGACUUAACUGGUAAUUUACUUCAAUUGCUUCCAAGUAGAGCUUUCUAUAAUGUCGGUCUGGUAAAUCUUCAGAAAGUGCUUGCGUCUAGAUGCAGUCUUCUAAGCAUAGCUGAUGAUGCUUUAUAUCAGUUAAGCAAUCUUGUUGAACUAGAUUUGAGUAGUAAUUUCCUAACAUGGAUACCAUCCGUUGCACUCAGAGACACUCCUUUAUUAAGAAGAUUGUCAUUGAGUUCAAAUCCUGUUCAAAGAAUAGAAAAUGAUAGUUUCAUUUUACUUUCUCAGUUGACUGUAUUAGAAUUAAGUAGCUGUCAAGUUGAAGAAGUUGAACCUCGUGCAUUUGAUGGAUUAAAGAGCUUGGAAUAUCUCAAGUUAGACGGUAAUAAACUAAGGACGUUACCACCAGAAAUGGUCAAACCGUUUUCAACACUGUAUGCCUUGGAAUUACAACAGAAUCCAUGGAACUGUGACUGCCGCAUUAGAAGUGUUCGAAAGUGGAUGAUUCGUCAUAAUAUCCCAAUAAGUAGUCCUCCGCAAUGUACAGAACCUGCUCGCUUAAGAGGAUCUAGCUGGGAUACAGUCGGAAUUGAUGAAUUCGCUUGCAAACCUGAAGUAAUAGUUGUAGACCCUACAGUUACAUUUAUUGAAGGUGACAACGCUACUUUAGGCUGUCGAGUGCAUGCUGUUCCUGAGGGAAAUGUGAACUGGAUUUGGCGGGGAAGAGUCAUAAAUAAUUUAACAUUAAUGUCUUUUGGAAGACAAAUGUAUCUUAUUAGAGAAGUCGGUACUACUCACAAAGUAAACUCUCUCACAAUAUUUAAUGUUAUGCUCAAAGACAGUGGUAGAUAUCUUUGCGUAGCAUCAAAUUCAGCGGGGAGAAUAUCAGCAAAUAUUACGCUUAAUGUCAUUCCCAAAGAAAACGAUGACGACGCUUUAAGUGGUGAGGAGAUUGCAGGCAUAAUAAUUGGAGUUAUAUUUGUGAUAUUUGCACUGUUUUUUAUUUUCAGUUUUUUUAUGCUAAGGCAUCAAAGACUUUUCCCAAACAGAAGUAAAAAUGGUGGUUUCACUAUAUACAAGCAUUUCUUUUCCUUCAACAACAAUCACGUAAGUGCUGUCGUAAAAAAUUCGACAGAUGUUGAUGUAAGUGUGCCCAGUAAUACUGGAAAUACCAUGGACGUUAAGUGCAAUGCGACAUCCCUUUCUCCUGGAAGUGGAUCUGAAACGAGUGCCUAUGGUGGAAACAAAAUGAACAGUUUAGUACCUCUAGAACAAUAUAGUUUGCAUGACAGUAAUGUCAAUGCUCACCCUGUAACUUCGCCAAAUGCAGAAACUUGGUAUUCUCACUCUCAAAAACGGCAUUCCAUUCGCGAAACCGAAACAGGUAUAGAGAUGUGUGCAAUAUCAGUUACUGAAAAUAAAAAUUCCGAUAAUAAUUCCUAUAAGACUAUUAAGGAUGACGGAGAAAAUUAUGAAAGGACAGAAUACCGUCGUCCAUUAUCAAAUGAUGAAGAUGACGAUGACACUGAGAGCACGGGACCAAUGUUUGACAUCAAGCAACCGGUUAAUAAUUAUUACAUUGAUCAUGAAUUACCAGCUCAAAAAUAUUCCAUUUGGCCCCUUUCUGAAGGUUCCUUUAAAGAUGAAAGCUACCAUAGCUAUAAUAGCCCUUCUCAGUCUAGCUGGAAAAGAAAUUCUGUUAUUAUUCCGCAACAAAUACAUCACGUCUUCUCUCCGGAUGCUAGAGACUCGCCUGAUGAAGGCUUAGGGGAUGAAAGAGAGUAUGAAACUGAUAUUUUAGACUAAAAUCAAGUUAUGAACUUUAACUUCAGUCAGAGUUUGGAGUUUUAGUAGGAAAGUCGGGUAAAAGUUAACGCCAAAUUAUUUUAUUGCCAAGUUUAAGGAAUGAGUUAAGUGUCACAAAAGCAAUUGAAAACUAAUAUAUU